AUGGAGACUGAUCACGACAACGGGAGCCUUCGUGUCGCCUCGUUUUCUUACUACCUAGACACCGCUAGAGAAAACAACAUAGCACACAGGAUCUCAGCUCAGGAUCGGACUCCUAUUCCAUUAACCUCAGCAAAAAAAACUAACUCCCCUACCCUAAAUCCACCACCCUUUAGCAUCAAAUUCUCGAAACCAAAGGAAGGUCCUGGUAGCCUCAGUAAAAGUCCUCGACUCGACUCGUUUUCUUACUUCAACAAUUCAUCAGAUCACAACCUUGUUUUUGAGGUUCCAGGCCCUGUCCAUGAUCCCACUUCUGCAUUCAGCUUCUCUAGAGAAAUCCCCAAAGACCGCGAUCAGAUCAGCGUUUUCAGUGCUGACAGGUACUUCAACAUGAACCUAACUGAGGUGAAACACGAGUUCAAGAAUAAAGGGCCUGGAGUAGGAUUGAAUAUCGGGCAGAGAACUCCGAGCUUGUGUUCUGAAGGAAGCAGCUGGAAUAGCCAAACAGGCCUGUUACCUCAUCUGCAAAUGCAAACUAAGCAGAAAAAGGCAGUUGGCAGGAAUUUCUUGACAGGAUUUGGCUGCAGGGGACCUUGUUUUGACAGGAAAUCUGUUCACAUCAAUGAAAUUGUCGCAAGCUACGCCUCAAACCGUAGUCGAGCUGGAUCAGAACGCACCGAUCGACGUGCAAUAUUAGCGCCGGUUUCCGAUCCUGGAACUGAAAUCCUGCCAGUGAUGAUCAAUAAUCAGCUGCUGAGAGUUGAACAGUUAGACGAAGCAAGGCAUUCGAUCGAUGUUUUCGGCUCUGCGACAUCGCUGAAACGAGAUAACAUAGCCGCAAACAUGGAGAGGAAACUCUCCAUGCUGACUUGGGAUGCUAUUCCCAGAUCAGGCCAGAACCUGUCAACUUCAAGCACCACUAUCUGUGAUGAUAUGGCCAGUGAUGCCAGUUCUGACUUAUUCGAGAUCGAAAAAGCAUCAGGGUCCAUGUACACGGUGCUGAAAUCGCAACAAGAAGACGAUGUUUCCGUCAUUUCCCAUUAUGCACCAAGCGAGGCCAGCAUCCAGUGGAGUGUGGUCACAGCCAGUGCUGCAGACUACUCUGCUCUUUCUGAUUACAACGACGAGAUGAACGUCAGCGUUUCCGGAGACAUGAUAGUCUCAAGGAGUUAUAAUGUGGCUGAUAGAAGCUCAGAGACCAGAAGGGAAGGGGUUAAAGAGGGACAAAAGAACCGGGCCGGCGGGCUUUUGGGAUGCAAGAGCUCUAAAGCGGUGGAAGUUGCUGAAAAUGUGUGCUGUAGGAGUAAUGAGAAGACAAAGAAUCAGGGCCUGGAUUUGUCUGUAUCAUUUGGGAAAUCACAAGCAAGUAGAGGCAGGGUGAAUGAUCUUGCUAUCCAUAAUUAG